AUGGCUGAGUGGAAUCAAAGACAAGAAUUAUCAUAUAUGACUGAUAGUAUACCUAUAAAUACAUCGAUAAUUUCCAGUAGCAGUAACAACGAAGAUAUAGGCAAGAGUCCUAUUCAGAAAGACAUCAAUUCUCAGAAUAAGACAUCAGAAGUUGGCAAUCAGUAUGUCUAUUCUAGAACAAAACCAAAAAGUUACGCAUUUAUGCAUAUGAAAAAAAAAUUAAAAGAUAAAAAUAAUAAAACAUGUAACGACACCAAUAGUAUCGAUGGCAAAACACUCAAUUCGCCAAAGAGGGAAAUUCAAUUCUCAUCCAGAGCGAGCACUCUCUCUAAUCAAGACAUAAUUCUUACUGAUGAUAACGGUGAAAGAGAGUCUACAUGGAAUUAUACAAGCCAACCCCCAACUCAAGUACCGGCACAUAUUAAUCCGAAAGUUUACGAAGAAUAUGAUAAUGUAUACGACUUCGAGCCAAAUAAUGAAUCAUUUAAUUAUGAUUAUCAUUUAGAUGAAUACCCUAAUGAAUAUAACGAUAUGGAGAACAGCAACACACCAACAAAUGCCGACUUAAAUGUUAGCUAUUCUUCCGUAGGUAGUAAUAUUAGAACAUAUCGAUCAGAUCAUAGCACAGGGCAAGAAUCCAACUACAAGCCAUACAAUUUGCAAGAUUAUAAACGUAUUGCUGACAAAAGUAACAAACUAGGAGGGUUAGGUCCAGAUAAACUAAAUAAUGAAUACCAAGAAAAGCAAGAACGGGCUUUCAAGCAACAAGAAUAUGCAAAAUUAAUCCGUCAACAACAUUUGAAGGAGAAAAAACGCUGGAUUAGUAGAAACGCAAAUAAGGAAGCUAAUAAUCAAAAUCAACUAUCAAGAGCGAAAUUGGCAGCUGAAUAUGCUAAAAAUAUACCCCGACCAAAACCCGCUGCUAAGCCGAAGGAGACUACCAAUAACAAAGCAUCACUAACAACAAAAAAAGGAAAUCCUCAAACACAAAAAAAGUCGACAGAAUUUAGCAACCGCAAGGUCGCGGUAAAUUCGGCAGCUCGAAGCUUCACUUCAAAACAUUCCAUGACUAUCUCCUCUGAUAAUUUGGCAAAUUUCGUUCAAAAUACAGAAAAUGCUGAUGCUGAUGAUACAAAACUAUCAGUAAUUGAAAUGCUAAAACAAAGACAUGAGAGAGAUAAAUUAGCUGCAGCAAAAAUAAAACAAAAUCUAAAACUAUAA